AUGAACAUUUUAUUUAGGGGGAAAAAAAGGAAGUAUAUUAUUUGCGUAGAUUCUUGUGCCGGGCGGCUCAAAGGACUUGAGUGCCGACAAAAAAAAGAAAUAGUUGAGGCGACAAAAGCUAUUUCUAAGAACCUGCAAAGCAAAACCGAGGCUGUAAAGCAGGUUGUUGAUAUUUUUUCUGUAUCUGAACGAACAGUAUACAGACUUCUGAAGGAAAACAGCACCAAAGGCCACAACUCACCACCAAAAAAGAAAAACCAAUCUGGUCGCAAAAUUAAAAUUGAUGAUUUUGAUAAAUGUGCAAUUAGACAAAUAGUUCACCAAUUUUUUUCAAAUAAUGAAUUACCGACGCUUGACAAAAUCCUGAAUGAGGUAAAACUUAAUGUCAACAUCAACAAAAUCAGCAGGUCUUACUUGCACACGAUUUUGACAAAAAAUCUUGGCUUUAAGUUUGCCAGUCGCCAGCGAAAAAGUGUAUUAUUAGAAAGAAAUGACAUUAUCGCCUGGAGAAGGCGAUACUUGCGUGAAAUAAAAAAACUUAGGGAACAAAACCGCAAAAUAUAUUACACUGAUGAAACUUGGCUAAACGAAGGGCACACAAAAGAAAAAGUUUGGCAAGAUCCGUCCAUAUUAACACCUCGGCAAGCUUUCACGGAAGGUUCAUCAACAGGUUUGCGUGCACCAUCGGGAAAAGGGAAGAGGCUUAUAAUAACGCACAUAGGAAGCUCUACAGGUUUCGUAGAUGGCGGACUCCUAUGUUUCGUUUCUGGAAGCAGUGGUGAUUAUCACGAAGAUAUGAACGCCGACGUUUAUGAAAAGUGGUUUAAGGAAACACUUACGUGCCUGGAUCCCAACUCAGUUAUUGUCCUGGAUAACGCAUCAUAUCAUUCACGAAAGAAAAACAAAGCUCCAACUACAGCAACAAAAAAAAACGACAUAAAGAUUUGGCUCCGGUCAAACGAUAUUUCUUUCGAGGAUGAUAUGGUGAAGGCAGAGUUGUUGAGCAUUGUUAAGCACCAUAAAACCAGGUAUGAAACAUACGUCGUUGACGAUAUGGCCCAAGCUGCAGGACACGAAGUGCUUCGCUUGCCUCCUUACCACUGUGAGCUGAAUCCAAUAGAAUUGGUUUGGGCUCAAGUAAAAGGAUUCGUGGCAAGUCGAAACAAGUCGUUUAAGAUGACAGAACUAAAAGGCCUUUUCGAAAGUGCAAUACAAAACGUGGACGCUGAAAAAUGGCAUUGGUGUGUCCAACACGUUGAGCAGGUGGUUGAGCCAAAAAUGUGGGAAAUGGACGUUUUUUCGGAAGAUGCUGUGGAAAGCCUCAUCAUAAAUUUAGAUGAAGAGAGCAGCAGCAGUAACUACUCUUCGGAUUAAAAUGUAUAUAUGUAUAUGUAAAUAUUAUGAAACAUGAAUUGUUAUUUAUUUUUGUUAUGCUUGUUUAUUUUAUUUUUUUUGUUAUCUUAAUAUUUAUGAAUACAUUUUUUUGUUUGUUUUUUAUCAAAAAGGGAUUAGGCCUACUGGGGAUACCCUUCAAAAACGCGCCAUUUAUCUUACCUCUUGGUGGUGUGGAAAAAGAUAAUUUUUAUUUCAUUUUCAUAUAUAAUUAUGAUCAAAA